UGUGUUGUUGCACCAGAGCUACUGUCAUGUGAUAGCUCGUCCUGAGGAGCUGCUGUUGGCAGUAGCUUCCUUAUCUUUACAUGAAGCAUAAGUAAACCAAGCAGGAGAAAAGUUGUAUGACUGUUGGAGAAGAUAAAUAAGGCCCGUUUCUGACGGACAGCAGGGAAGCCGGGGUUGUGUAGUUUCGCCCCUCGGACGCUGACAUGGGUUGCUGUUACAGCAGCGAGAACGAGACCACAGAGCAGGACCCUGAUGAGCGUAAGCCGCUGAUCCCCCACCCGAACCCUGUCAGCAAACCCCCAAAUGGGACUGACUGGAUCACUACCAGCGUCCCGUCAGCAAGGACGGAUGAACAGGCGCUCCUUACAUCCAUCCUCACCAAGACGGCACAGAACAUCAUUGAUGUGUCAGCAGCCGACUCUGUCAUGAUGGAGCAGCAUGAAUACAUGGACAAAGCUCGGCAAUACAGUACAAAGCUGGCUGUGCUGAGCAACACUCUGCCCCAGAAGAAGUCCCUCGCGCUCCCCUCCCUCACCAGCCAGCCCCACCAAGUGCUUGCGAGUGACCUGGUGCCGUACUCGGAUGUUCAGCAGGUGUCGAAGAUAGCAGCUUAUGCUUACAGUGCAAUUUCUCAAAUCAAAGUGGAUGCUAAAGAAGAGCUAGUGGUCCAGUUUGCCAUUCCCUGAUUCUGUGACCCUGGCAUGCACACUGUUCCUCCCAUCCCGCUCUCUCUGUGUCACUUCUGCAUCCUCACCCUCCAGCUCAUCCUUUAUUAAAGCAUCUUGGUUCUUGUGCUCCUUAGCUAUGCCUCUGACUGCUAUAAAGACAGAGACAAUGUAGGAUUGCACCCUACGGCUGUCUUUUAGUGUACUUAAUUAUGUGUCGGUUACAAAUGGUCAGCAUGGGCAAUGGAAGAUGGCCGACCGUUGGUGGGCCAUGCUGUCAUAUUUACAACAACAAGGCCUCCUCUGUACGUGGAUCACAGAGUCUGUCAGAACCAGCUGUGGAAAAGUAAACAUUCAUCCUUCUUGGUAAUCGCUCUAAUCUUUAAAACGGUUUCAGGGCCGUCUCAGUAUCUAUAUUUAGUUAGUUUCCCUAGCCUGUAUUCUCAAGGAAGAGCAUUUUUUCGAUGCAAUGCAUAGGCUAUCGGUGUAUAUGCUUGAUACAAUCUUCACUGGAACCGGAGAAAUUAGGAAUCUCUGUGGCAUGGAACAAGUACAAUAGGCGCAAGAGCAAUAGUUGGGUAUUUUAGCCAUUUACCAGAAUGGAAAACAUCCAACAUGAAGUUUGCACUUCAUAUGUCUUUAACUCUGUUCUUUUGUCCCGGGGGGGGAAAACAAAUGUAGAAAAGUGCAGCCAGAAAAAUGAGUAUACGUGUCAAGAGGCUAUUGUAUUUUAGAAGGUUGUAAUGCUAUAGCUGUGAUGUGACCAUCGAACAUCCCACAGUAAUCUGGUGUCACACUGCACCAAGAUUCACGUCUCACUACAACCUAAACAUGAACCAGUAAGCCAACCGGACAUUGCCCCGUAGUAAUGUUUACAAGCUGACAGUGAAACCGGUCGGUUAUUGGUUGUCCUGUGUGUAAUCUGUCAUCCCAGUUGAGGCGAAUUCAUGAGUGACCUGACGACGACUAGUGUCCUCUGGUGGGUGAGGAUGCAAACACAAGCAGGAGGGUGCUGGGGGGGAGGGGCCUACUGAUGUCACAGCAGAGAGGAAAGAUGGGAGUUUUCUUGGGUAACAAGUUCUUGAGUUUACAGACAGUAAUUUGUCCUGAGCUGGCAGACUCUUUAAAUACAAUCCCAGAACUUCGCAUAUUUAAUAGCAGUGGAGGCAUACAGAGAUGAAGAGGGGGGUUGGUGUGUAGAAGAUGCAGUGACGGAUAUCAUGUAUUCAUGCCGCCUUUUGUACAGAAUUUUCAGAUCGAAUAUAAAAGCAGAUGAUGGAUUGUAUGAAGUUCCUCCUUUUUGUCGAGAGUUCAUUGGGGGCAGGUUGGACAGGAUCUUGUGGCGAUAAAUAAAUGUUUUUAUGAAACGCAAGAACACUUUUAAAGACUUCAUCUGUUGGCUUUUUUUAAACGAAAGCUGUCCGCUGCAGAUUGUAAUAGGAUUGAGUUCAUAUUAAUCAGAAACUAACCAUUGUAGCAGUGUGGGGGGGGGAGCGCUAACGAUCUAUGUACCACGGCAGAUAAAAUGAUCCCGAGACCCUUUUUUGUGAUUAUUUAUUUGUGUUUUUAAAUGUUUAUUUGCUCUUCGGUGGAGAGCACGUGAACAUGCGUGUGCAGGGAGCAGGGUGAGCCGCUCUGCAGUCUCUAAAGGGAUAAUCCGCAGUGCCGUCAUUAUUUCAACCAAGCAAUUGAUUGGAGCUUUUUGCAAUGGGUUCUUGGCAUUUUUCUCUGUUUUUGUUUGUUACUCAAAUAUGUUAUACUUCCUGAAAUAUGUUUGUAAUAUCUUAGGCUCGUAGCAAAAAGUUUCAAGGAUUUUGGUUUGUUUUUUUUGGUUUAAUUAAUUCAUUAAAGAUUUUCAACAUAAA